GCGCCGAGCGCAGCCAUGGGGUGGCUGGAGGUGCUGCUCGUGGAGAACUUCAAGUCGUGGCGCGGCCGCCAGGUCAUCGGGCCCUUCAAGAGGUUCACCUGCAUCGUGGGCCCCAAUGGCUCCGGAAAAUCUAAUGUAAUGGAUGCACUUAGUUUUGUAGUAGGAGAAAAGACAGCUAAUUUAAGAGUAAAAAAUAUCCAAGAACUUAUUCAUGGAGCACAUAUUGGAAAACCUGUGUCAUCUUCUGCAAGCGUAAAAAUUAUAUAUAUAGAAGAAAGUGGAGAAGAGAAAACAUUUGCAAGGAUUAUCCGAGGGCGAUGCUCAGAAUUUCAUUUUGAUGAUAAACCUGUUAGUCAUUCUGCGUACAUAGCACAGUUGGAAAAGAUAGGCAUAAUAGUCAAAGCCUGGAGCUGCCUUGUUUUUCAGGGAACUGUGGAGUCCAUUUCCUUGAAAAAGUCCAAAGAAAGAACCCAGUUUUUUGAGGAAAUCAGCACCUCAGGAGAGCUGAUGGGAGAAUAUGAGGAAAAGAAGAAAAAGCUGCAAAAAGCUGAGGAAGACGUACAAUUUCAUUUCAGUAAGAAAAAAAAUGUCGCCGCAGAGCGCAAGCAUGCAAAAAUAGAGAAGGAAGAGGCAGAACGUUACCAAAGUCUCCUUGAAGAAUUGAAAAUAAACAAGAGACAACUGAUGCUUUUCCAACUAUAUUAUAAUGAGGAAAAAAUUAAUUUUCUGAACACUGAAUUACAACAUAUGGACAGGAAUUUGAAUGUCAUAAAAGAGACUCUUUCUCACCAUGAAAAUAUACUCAAAGCCAAGAAAAAGGAUCAUGGAAUGUUAAGUAGACAACUACAGCAAACAGGAAAAGAAUUGAAAUCUCUUGAAACACUUUUAAAUCAAAAGAGGCCUCAGUACAUUAAAGCGAAAGAAAACACAUCUCACCAUCUCAAGAAAUUGGAUUUGUCUAAGAAAUCAAUAAAAGACAAUGAAAAACAGUGUUCUAAACAGGAGGAAGAUAUAAGAGCCCUGGAGACAGAGCUGGGUGACCUAAAUAGUGCAUGGAGAAGUUUUGAAAAGCAGAUAGAGGAAGAAGUCUUACUUAAAGGGCGACACAUUGAAUUGGAAGCUAGUCAGCUGGAUCAUUAUAAAGAGCUGAAGGAGCAAGUAAGAAGGAAAGUAGCUAUAAUGACUCAACAGUUGGAAAAACUACGGUGGGAACAGAAGGCAGAAAAAGAAAGAUUGACAUUUGAGGAGAGGAGACAUGGAGAAGUUCAGGCUGUGCUUUCCCUGAUGGUUCCCAAAUUUGGUUGUUACUGUUCCUGCUGUAGGGAUUGCCUAGAAAAGAAGAAGAAGCAGGAGCAUACCCUGGUAGAUGAGAUUGAGCACACAAAAUCAAGAAUGUCUGAAGUUAAUGAAGAACUUAGUCUCAUCAGAAGUGAAUUGCAGAAUGCUGGAAUUGAAGACCAUGAGGGAAAACGUCAACGGAAGAGAGCAGAAGUUCUGGAAAACCUUAAAAGACUUUAUCCAGAUUCUGUGUUUGGAAGACUGCUUGACCUGUGUCACCCUAUCCACAAGAAAUACCAGCUGGCUGUGACUAACCUGUUUGGCCAGUACAUGGUUGCCAUUAUUGUAGCCUCUAAAAAGGUGGCAAGAGAUUGUAUUCGAUUUCUGAAGGAGGAAAGAGCUGAACCUGAGACAUUCCUCGCUCUAGAUUACCUUGAUAUCAAGCCUAUCAAUGAAAGACUAAGGGAAAUUAAGGGCUGUAAAAUGAUGAUUGAUGUUAUAAAGACUCAGUUUCCUCAGUUGAAGAAAGUGAUUCAGUUUGUCUGUGGAAAUGGCCUUGUCUGUGAGACUGUGGAAGAAGCAAGACAGAUUGCAUUUGGGGGACCUGAAAGACGGAAGGCAGUAGCACUUGAUGGAACACUGUUUUUAAAAUCCGGAGUGAUCUCUGGAGGGUCAAGUGACUUGAAACACAAGGCUCGAUGCUGGGAUGAGAAAGAAUUAAACACUCUGAGAGACAAGAGAGGCCAGCUAGUUCAAGAACUGAAGGAGUUAAUGAAGACACUCCGAAAGGAAACAGAUUUGAAACAAAUACAGGCUCUAGUACAAGGAACUAGUACCCGACUCAAGUAUUCCCAAAAUGAACUAGAGAUGAUUAAAAAGAAGCACCUUGAUGCUUUUUACUGGGAACAGUCUCAGCUACAAAGUGAAUUACUAAAUAUUGAGUCUCAGUGUACUAUGCUGAGUGAAGGAAUCAAUGAGCAACAGCAAAGAAUUGAAGCAUUUCAAGAAAAGAUAGAUAAGGUAGAAGAUGACAUAUUCCAACACUUCUGUGAAGAAAUUGGUGUGGCAAAUAUACAUGAAUUUGAGAACAAACAUGUUAAACUGCAGCAAGAAAAUGAUCAAAAAAGAUUAGAAUUUGAAAAACAAAAAACUCGGCUUAAUAUUCAGCUUGAAUAUAGUCGGAAUCAGCUGAAGAAAAAACUGAGUAAGAUCGUCACAUUGAAUGAAACUAUCCAGAAAGGCAAAGAUGACAUCGAUAACCUAAAGAAGACUGAAGAAAGCUGUCUGCAAAUUGUGGAUGAACUCCUGGGGAAGCAGGAACAACUUAAGGAAGCUCUUGCCACUCAGAAUUCCAACAUUGAGAAAAUUCACACUCAAAUUGAAGAGGAACGGAAGAAGUUUCUGGCUGUUGAUAGGGAAAUGGGAAAAUUACAGAAGGAAAUGGUAGUCAUCCAGGGCUCUCUGGAACAGAAGCGACUGGAGAAGCAUAACCUGCUGCUUGACUGCAAAGUCCAAGACAUCGAAAUCCUUCUUCUGUUGGGGUCACUGGAAGACAUAACCGAAGUGGAGUUGGGAACUGAAACAGAAAGUACCCAGGCAACAAUGGAUAUCUACGAAAAAGAAGCUUCCAUUGAAGUAGACUACAGCCCUCUCAGGGAGGAUUUGAAGGGUCUACCAUCAGAUAAGGAGGUGGAUGCCCACCUUACACUCCUUCUGCAGCAAGUAGCAUCCCAGGAAAAUGUUCUUCUGAAGACAGCAGCCCCAAACCUACGAGCACUGGAGAACUUAAAGGCUGUUAGAGAAAAGUUUCAGGAGUCCACAGACGCUUUUGAGGCCAGCAGAAAGGAAGCCAGAAUAUGUAGGCAAGAGUUUGAACAAGUGAAAAAACGGAGGUACGAUCUUUUCAGCCGGUGUUUUGAGCACAUCUCAAUCUCAAUUGAUCAAAUCUACAAGAAGCUCUGCAGAAACAACAGUGCCCAAGCAUUUCUUAGCCCAGAGAACCCUGAAGAACCCUACUUAGAUGGGAUUAGCUAUAAUUGUGUAGCUCCAGGAAAACGGUUUAUGCCAAUGGACAAUCUGUCAGGGGGAGAAAAAUGUGUGGCAGCUUUGGCUCUGCUGUUUGCUGUACACAGUUUUCGGCCUGCUCCAUUCUUUGUUUUAGAUGAAGUGGAUGCAGCACUGGACAAUACUAACAUUGGCAAGGUAUCAAGUUACAUCAAAGAGCAGACUAAGCAAGAGUUUCAGAUGAUAGUCAUUUCCUUGAAAGAAGAGUUCUACUCCAGAGCUGAGGCACUGAUAGGCAUCUACCCGGAGUACGACGAGUGCAUGUUCAGCCAUGUUCUGACCCUAGAUCUUUCAAAGUAUCCAGACACUGAAGAGCAAGAAGGUAGCAGGAGACCCCGGAAGUCCAGGACAUCACAACAGUCCCAGUCCCCGCAGUCCCCCCGCAGUUAGAAAAGCGUCUCCUUGAACAGCCACUGGCUGUGGGAGCUAUACUCUGACCCUGAGGAGGCCAGGCCAGUCACUGUUUAGUUUCCUGAUAACAAACUCAGAGCAGCGGGACCAGCCCCAUGUGCUAUGAAGAAAAAGUUGUAAUAGCUUUAGUCAAACAAGCCAUAGCUCACUUCAGUUAAGGGUAUCCAGGCUCAUUCCAACAGAGGUUUUCUAUGACAGCAUUUGAAUGAGCUACGUGUUUUGGGUUGUUUUUUAAGGUAGGGGAUAUGAUUCGGUAGCACAAUUUAAACUUCCAUUUUAAAAUAAGUUUGUCAGAAAAGAUUUGAAUUCUGUAUCACAUACUCUGGUCUUGCCUUGCACUUUAAGGGAAACAGCUGAUUGAGUUUUGUUUUUUGUAGUGUUGAGGACCUUGCGUGAGGGCUCCACACUGAGUCCAUCCCCAGCCCUGAUUAGUUUCUAAAUAUACUAGUCAUGGUAUGUUUAGUAAAUUGAUGAACCUGGCUUUUAUGGGAAAUAUUUCAGAGGGAAUAUAUGUCAGUACUGAAAAUAUGAAUAAAAAUAAUUUCAAAGGUUU